AUUUUAAUUUUAUUAUUUAUAUAUAAGGGGUAGAAGUGUCUUUGGCUAUUUAAUAAAAUCUAUUUUGGUAAUUUUCUCACCGAAGUUUUUUUCUAACAAAAACUUUUAAAAAUAUAUUUGGAAGAACUGCCCAUAAAAAUGUUUUUAUAAAAAAUAAAAAAUAAAAUAAAUCCCGCAGCGUAGCGCAUGUAAUUAUCUAGUUACUAUAAGUUGAUGAGGAACAUGAUCUCAUAAAACAACGACAAUUGAAAUAGUUGAUGAGGAAAUGAAAGCCCAUACAAACAUUCUUUUUUUUUUUCAUUUCUAAUUGUUCUGCUUCUUAUAUUUCUAAUACUCAAAAAAUAUUAUGGACCCUUCUUCCUCUUGCUUAUGGGUCAUGGACGGUCGCCUCGCCCAUGUACCUGAGCCGGCCUUGUAUCUAGCACAUUAAAAAUGUUCGUAGAAACUGAUGGAAAAUCUUUCUAACUUUUUUAAAAAUCGUUUAAUAAAAAAACAUUUUGGAAGAAAACUUUCAAAAAGGUUCCAAUAUUUUUUUAAAAAUUAAAUUUAUAAUUUUUUAAAAAAUAUUUAUUUAUUAUAUAUAUAUAAUAUAUAUAUAUAUAUUGUCAUUUACCUUUUUAAUUAAAUAUAUUUUGAUCAAAUUAAUUUUUAAAAGCUAUUUUGAUUAUAAAAAGAUUUAGUACUAUUCUAUGAUAUUUCUCUAAUUUUUUUAUUAGACAAUCCAAAAAAAAUAUGAGAAAAAGACCAAAAUAGCACUAAAUCAAGUUUUUGUUCCCAAACUAGCACUCAAGGCCAAAAGUCACAAAAAUAGCACUUAAGGGGUGGGGUUUAGGGUUUAGAGUUUAGGGUUUAGGAUUUAGAGUUUAGGUUUUAGGAUUUAGAGUUGAGAAGUGAGGUUUUGGGGAUAAGAUUUCAAAUUUUGAAAAAUAAAAAAAUUUAAAUUUUUCAAAAGAUAAAAUGCUAUUUUGGUCAUUUUAGUUUUUGAGUGUUAUUUUUGUGAUAUAAACUUAGAAAGGUGCUAUUUUGGAGAUUUGCCCAAAAUAUAUUGUUAAAUUAAUUCCUUGCUUAUAAAAAACGAGUUGACAAAAAGACAAAAAAACAGUAAAUUGUGGAAACGUACGAAGACUUGUUAUUGCAUGAGACUGGGUAAGCUUCGACAAGAGCAGUUUCCGAGAGACGAGAGAUUUGAAAUGUCGAAGAUAGCUUUAGGGAACGAAUCACUUGUCGGGUCUUUGACUCCAUCCAACAAAAAAUCUUACAAACUGACCAACAGGAUUCAAGAAGGGAAGAUACCUUUGUACUCUGUUGUUUUUAACUCCAUCGAUGCUCGUUUCUUCAAUUGUUUCGUCUCCGCUGGUGGCAAUGGGAUUAAUUUGUACAAUUGUCUUGAAGAUGGUGGCAUUUCUUCAUUGCACUCCUACACUGAUGAAGAUAAGGAGGAGUCAUUUUACACUGUAAGCUGGGCGUGUGGCGUUGAAGGGAACCCAUUUGUUGCGGCUGGGGGAGUGAAAGGCAUAAUCCGAGUCCUUAACGUCAAUGAUAAAAUUAUUCAUAAGACCCUUGUGGGCCACGGGGAUUCAGUGAAUGAAAUUAAGACACACCAUAUGAAACCUCAACUUGUGCUUUCUACUAGCAAGGAUGAAUCUGUUCGACUGUGGAAUGUUGAAACUGGGAUUUGUAUUCUGAUAUUUGCUGGAACUGCAGGUCAUAGAUACGAAGUUGUAAGCGUGGACUUUCAUCCCCAUGAUGAGCACCGUUUUGUUAGUUGUGGUAUGGACACCACUAUUAAGAUAUGGUCAAUGAAAGAGUUUUGGACAUAUGUCGAUAAGUCAUUCACAUGGAAGGAUGAUCCAUCAAAGUUCCCAACAAAAUUUGUACAAUUCCCUGUAUUUACAACUUCAGUUCAUACAAAUUAUGUAGACUGUAACCGUUGGUUUGGUGAUUUUAUUCUUUCAAAGAGUGUGGAGAAUGAGAUACUGUUGUGGGAACCACAACUGAUAGAUAAUUCUCCUGGAGAGGGUACUUCAGAUGUUCUACUUAGAUACCCUAUUCCAAAUUGUAAUCUCUGGUUUAUCAAGUUUUCUUGCGACCUCUCUCUCAAUUAUCUUUCGAUAGGGAAUCAGAAAGGCAAGAUUUAUGUCUGGGAUUUAAAGAGUUGCCCUCCUGUUUUGGUUACAGUGUAAGUUAUCACACAGUCUAUCAAAGUCUGUGAUCAGGCAAACCGCUAUGUCCACUAAUGGAAA